CGCCGCCCGCCCGCCUCAACAUGCGCUCGAGCAUACUUGGGCGGUCAAAUCUCAUAUAAAAUGUGUUUUUUUUUUAUUAUAUUUUAUUUGUUAAUCAAUAAACAUUAAAAAUCGUGCAACAAAGUUUAGUGGUAGUGAAUCCAAAUAUUUCUCAGGAACAUAAGCUUUAAAAUUUAAUGUUAAAAGGAAAGUUCCGAUUUGUGUAAAUGACUGUAGAAGUAUUUGUGUGAGAGUUUAAACAUAUUAGAGCUGAUCUGUGCUAGUUGUUUUCACACUUUAACUGUUCUGCAAUUGUUUUCAUUCAAUUAACUAUUUGGAAAUCAUUGAUAUUUAUUGUGAAGAACGAAGUUUACUCUAUUUAAGAUAAGGAAAGAAUGCAUUCCGGUAGAAGUAGUCUCAUCGUUGACCCGCCAGGAACCGAUGCACGUGCGUUUAUUUUCAUUUAUAAAUAGUUCAGACACAGAACGGCGCUUUCGACAGAAUGACGUCAGUAAAGGAAAGUCGUGACGUCACCGGUGUCGCUAACGAGGAAGAGGGAAAGAAACAGAACGAGUCUCCGAAAGAGUUGGCAGAUCUACCCCCGAGUGGAACGUCUUUGCAUAAGAGAAGGCGUGGCGAAGCGCCGGCAUCUCUCUCCGUAAAACCUCCCCAAACUCCUUCAGAUGCAGAAGGAUCUUCGCCCUGUACAGCAGGUUUCACACCAGAUCAUGCGCGCCUCUUCCAAGAUGGUGAACUACCGGAUGCAGAAACCUUAUGCGAGAGCAUGUUGCAACGGUUAAAAGACAGCGAUGACCCCAUCUCCAAUCGUGGCAAAGAACUGGCGCUCAGAACAAAAGAUACAGUAGAAGCUUUGGAUCAGUUGGAAAAACUUUUGGAACUCUUAGACCAAUUUGUAACACUGAAAGAACACAAUUCGCGAAUUUUAAGGAGACUGAGGGACGUGAACCAUUUGAAAAGCCUACACAGCGCCCACAGAAAGAUAAAUGCGGAGAAUGAAAGACUUAAAGCUGAGUAUGAAGAUGUAGAGGCUCUGAACGAAUUGUUAGAUGCUGAGUUGGAAACUGAAUAUGGACAAGCGAUAUUUGAUUCGAUGAUAGGGACUGGUAGGAGUAUGAAAAGGACUGGGUCAAAGUGGAAAGGUCACUCGAAGUUCGGAGGCACGUUGCUGAGGAAGCAAAGGUCAAGGUCAGCGGGUGGAGAUGAUAGUGAUGCGUCUCCUGGGACACCUUUGAGGAGGAGAUCCGAGGGUAUAUUUUGCAAGGAGGUGGAGAAAUCAAAGGUGUCAAAGUGGACUAGAGUGAAAGCGGCAUUUAGAUGGGAGAAGGCACAGUGGCACCCCACUGGAAUGGGCGGGGCAGCCGCCGUGGCAGCAGGUGCCAUGGUAGGUGCCGUGGCUCUAGCAGGCUCAGCUCCCUCCCCAUCCACCCUGCCUCCACCACACGAGCCGAGGGACUCUGCCUCCCUUACACCUGGCACACCUGGAAGCACCCUGUCUCUGACGCCGAACUCCUCCUGCGAAGAACUAAGGUUGGAUCCAGGAAUGAACCGCAAGAGUGCAGCACUGGACAUGAACAACGCAUUCCUUCAUGCGCCUCCGCAGGAUGACAGUUCCACAUCGCCGUCGCCGAAUAAACUCCACAAAAGCCCAUGGGGCAAGAUGAGGGACAUUAUCCAGACACGCCGAGAGUCGGUCAAGAAAAAGGGCAGAGGGCCCAAGAGUUCCCCAGACGUAGUUCCUUCUAGAAGACGCUCUUUCAGCGACGGUGGAGACAGUGAUGCGCCGCCAGCACUCACUCUUACUAUCCCAUCUUCUGAGGAGUUAGAAUCGGAGCCAUCGCAUCCUGUGCUCCGCAAGCAGCGGUCCCUGGAACUGGGCGCGCGGCCUCCACAGCACCGCCCACCGCGAGCCUCCAAGUGGACCAAGGUCAAGCGGGCUUUCCUCACCUCCGCCUCCGCAUCUGUCCCCUCCAGCCCCAACAGGCACUCCGCGUUCUUCACUGACGCAGAGACCGAAGGCCUCAGUAGUGGGUGUGAAGCGAGUGGAGUGAGAGAGGAGAUAGCCCGUGACUAUGCCGCACUGCAGAACAGGCUCGGGAGAGAGUUCUCCGACAGGAGAGGGAAACUGUAUGCAGCAUCAAAGCCUGUGGCGACGGAAGAGCAGCUAUCGUCAGAUUUCCGUAAGAAGCUGACGGAGUGGCAACGCAUGAAGGGGGUGCGACAACCACCACCAGUACCUGCCAGACAGGAUCUCAGCGAGGACUUCUUGAAGAAAUGGGAUGAAUGGAAACGUAUGAAAGAGACCAACUCGGUGCCAGCAUGGGAAGAAGAAGCAAAGCCAGAUGAAGUACUAGUUCAAACAUCAACAGGUCUCUUCAAAUUCCAAGGUAUAUCUCGCUCUUUCACUCGCAAGCUUCACGAGUGGGAAAAGUCUCGAGGAAUUGCUCCUGAGGCGUCCACAUCAGCCCUUCUGGUUGCUGCUAGAGCACGGAACAAGGCUCCACCGGCGCCUCUCACGCGCACCCAGUCCGAUGGCAGUGUGGCGCCAUCUGUCGCCGGCUCUGGACGUCUUCACGCGUCCAGUCUUAGCGUUAACGAUGCUGACGAUUUUGAGUCGGAGUACGAGAGGGAUCAUUGUGAUGAGGGUGAAGGUGUCGAUGACUGCGAUGGAGUUCGAGGUGCAGUACUCGUGGAAGUGGAAGCCGAGGAAGUAUGCACAGCGGCUCCACUUAUGGCAGUGUCUCCCAGGCACACCCCUCAGAAACCAGUGUAUACAUACGGACGCGCAGAGGCCCGGUUACUAUGUGAAACUAAUGCCACUGUCACUGGAACUGCAGCUGCUGUGUUGCAGUCUAACUCUGCCGACGCUCGUAGAAUAAAAGCUAAAGAGAAAAUUGAAUCUAAACCGAAAUUAACUUAUGAUCAACCCAAAGAAGCUGAGAAAACCACCAGAAGAAAGAUUAAUCGUCAACCGAGUAUAGAAGAGGAUGCUAUGUUUAUAAGGAAGACUAUUCAAGAAAUAGAACGCGGUAGUUCUUCUCGUUUCAGAGAAGAGACUACUGGGGAUGAAGAGACCUCUACUUGCAAUAAAACUGAUAAUGAAAUGCCUUCGACAAGUAAGAGUAUAAAUCAAAGUUCCAAACAAAUUAGUUCUAUAAAAGAAAAGGAUGAGGGCAUAAUUGAAGAAUUCCAAGACGAAAAACGCAAAGAUAUAGAUAAAGGUAAUGGCAAGAAAAAAACUAAGUCUAGGGCUAGAUUAGAACGCGAACAAUCCAAGCCAUCAGAAAGCGAUACGGAGCAUGAUGUUGAUACAGUCACUGUUGAGAUUCCGAGAAGAAGGAAGAGACCACGUAAAGCCUCAGAAAGACCAAAAACCCCACCGUCUCACUAUCACACGGAUUCUGAAGGAGAAGUUUUUGUACUAAAACUAAAAGCACCAGAACCCCGUGAUGGUUCACCAGAAGUCAUAGUAAAAACCACUCGAAAAAUAUUUUCUCCUGUUGUGAGAAGUGGCGAAUCGGUUCCAAGGGCGGUCAUACCACUUGAUGUCGAUGAUUUGGUUGAAGUAACACCUAGAACUCACUCUAACUACAAUAAUGACUAUAGAAAGGAAACAAAUGGUAACAGAAGAAGAGCAGAUACAGAGUUACCGUCCCGUGGUUCGGGAGAUUUGCAGGAAGGUGAUGAGCACCGUCCAAGGACAAGACCACCAAUACCAUCUUCUCCAUCAUCGCAGCGAAAACCCCAACCGAAGGAGACAGCACCAUCUAUUCGGAUUAUGAUUCAACGAUAUAAUAUGAAAAUUAAUGAAGACGGGCAUACAUCCGGGGCUAGUAGUGGAACUUCUUCUCCUGCUUGGAGGUCUCCAAUUGCUGAAAGACGACGACCUCCUGAUAUGCCCGUUGGGGUAAAUAUAAGAAAUAACCCAUUCCUUGAGAGAGAAGUUCAAAAGUCAGCCAGUGCAUGUCAAUUAUCAAGACGUGAUCAAUCAUCGGUAGAAAAACGCCUUGAGCCUACACCAGUGACUGGGUCAGAUGGUGUUUUAAAAUCACAUAGCGCUAACGCUUUACAUCCAGAACAGAAUAGAGUUGAAUCACCAUCACCUUUGGAUGACCAGAAGAAAAAAGAAGCCAGUCAAGAGACUAUUAGACCAAUAACUGCUAGCACUGAUACUAUUGUUCCUGACCUAACCAGGAACUUACCAGAAUACCAGCAGACACAAUCGUUCCCAGUUUUAAGACAGUUGUCUGAUGUCAUAGUUCCCAGUAUAUCAAAACUGAUUUCUGAAAAUCCUCGUAUGUACGAAAGAUCAAUAUCAACGAUGACAACUCCAUCCACCUCGGCGGAGAUUGAUGCUGCAGCUGCAAGAUUGUCAGAACGAGCUGCGAAAAUUCGUGCUGCUAGAGAAAGAUUCCUUUCAUCUUCUAUUCCUAUGAGAAGAGAGGGAACCAGUUCGGCUAGUGAUUUAAGGCCUGGUGACAGGUCGAGUCGAAUAAGCUGUGAAAGCGACGUGACAGAGGCAACGAGUUCGAGCACUCAGGAAUCCAAUCUGGGUAGAAGUGCUUCUACUGGGAUGGUCAACGUGGAUCGAGAAGCUUGGCAAAGGGUCGCUGAAGGACAUAGCAGUAGAUCAUCGCGUCCCAGGACUAGGUUUAGCUUGGCGCGUCUCGCGGCGCGACUCCGGCGCAAAGAUGAAGGAGCCGUAUCAAGCCUGUGCAGACAGAGCCUGCUGGUUAAGCUGAGUAACAAACAUUGAAUAAAUAGUCUCGAUUAAUCGUACCACUUGUUUU